AUGCCAAGCUAUGGCUAUUAUACUUUUAAGAUCGGAGAAGAGUACUGGACGAUCAUCGACUGGAAUGGUGCCAUUACUGAUGGCCGAUCGGUUGACGACUUUUUGGAGAUCCCCGGACCAGAUGGAGGCACAACGCCAAACGGAUGGGUGGCUUAUUGGAUAACCCGAACAAAGUACCCGGAGAUCCACUACGAAGCGUUCGGCCAUGCAAUCAAAAGAGAUGAUGGACGGAUCUGCGGCUAUUUUGUUGGCAAGGAGGAAGAAGUUGUUGAGAUCGGUGUACACGAGUUUCCCUCAAGGGUUUACCUUCUUGUCAAGCUCACUCCCGAAGUUGGACCGAUUCGAACCGGACUUUAUGAAGGUCACUACCACGAUCCACACACAGAUCAUAAAGCUCACGGACGACAUGGACACCCUUUGCCGCUUCACCGACCACGAGCUGUUGAGACUAGAUCAGCUAUUUGCGCUCCCGGCUGGUACGGUAGGGAAUGUUCGGAAAGAUGCUCUGAAGGAUGUGAAUUUCCGGAGAGAUGUGAUUACACUUCGGGAUACUGUUCAAGGUGUAAACAAGGGUGGUACGGAAGUGGUUGCUCGCUAAGAUGUUAUGCAGGAUGUGAGAGCUGUGAUCAAAAUACUGGUCACUGUUUGAGCUGUCGCUUUGGAUAUCAUGGCAGAGACUGCUCGACGAGAUGUCCAGAAAAUUGUGACGCGUGUGAUCAAUCAACUGGCUAUUGUUUGCGUUGUAAAUAUGGAUGGUACGGUAGAGACUGCUCGGUGCGAUGCCCUGCCGACUGCGAAACAUGUGAUCAGGCUUCGGGACAGUGCAUCAACUUCCGAGCUCGUCCACCUCCAUCUCAACCUCAAUUUUCACCACUUCCAAAAAGGCUGUCACCGAGUGUUAACCGUAACUACGAUCCAAUUUUUGAUCCACGCUCUUCACUCUACGAUCCACGAUACAACCCAUUUGAUCCACAGUAUGAUGUUGAGAAAGACAGGGAAUGGCGGGCCGCCAACGAGGUAACUGAGGAUCAUUCGGAUCACGAUCACUCU